UAUUCGAGCGUCGAGCGGAUAAGUCCCUCAAUAAAUAUAAUUAGCAGAAAUAAUAACAUUUUACUACUAUUAUUGCUGAUUAGUAAAUUAAUCUGUAUAAAUAAGACUUUUUUGAAUAUUUUUACGUGAAAAGACAAACGCUUCAAGGAAAGUAAACUAUAGGCGGGCAUUCGGCACUCUAGAUGUUUCUACUUUCAUUAGUAAGUAAAUUACACUAGUAAAUAGAUCUUCAUCAAGUUCAUCUGGUUCAUCACAUCACAGACAGACUGGCUGAUGAGUACAAUAUGCGUCAUGAAUAAAUGCGAGAAAGAAGCGUUUUUAAAAUGGCAGAUGAUUUUGAUAAAGAAGCUCCGGAUGUAGUGGAGGAUCAAAUCAUAACGGAAAACCCGCUUGAGUUUUCUGUAAUAGUUAUAAAAAAAGAAGUCCUCAAUUUUUAUGAUAGUGAAUUUGAAUCUACAACAAGUUCAGUUCAAGAUAGAAAACCAUAUUUACAAGAGGAAAUUAUACCAAAUACCUAUGAAGCUCUAAGCUCAGAAAUUCCUGACAACGAAAUAUAUCAAGGUAAACUUCUCAACUCCAACAAAAUUAUACUUGGGUCUAAGCCGAACAUAGUUUCCGAUGAUGAAGACCAUUGUGAAUAUUCUGAUGAACUUUAUCCGGAAAAUGAUGUGCCCUUCGCAAAGGAUUCAGAACUCCAUCCAGAUUCAAUAGACGAAAACUAUUUUGAAGAGUCGGUAACAUCUUACGAACCAAAGGUUGAGUUGCUUGAUAUACAGUCUUAUUUACACAAAUCGAGAAGAUAUUGUGCCACUUGCGGAAUUUUAUUUCCAGAACUUAAUGCUUUUGAGAAGCAUGUACGAAUAUAUCACAAAGCGAGUGACUUAAACAAACGCCGUAUAUAUAAAUGCACAAUUUGCGACAAAAAAUUCGUUGCGCCUCAUGUCUUAAGAAAUCAUAUUAGUAAUAUUCAUAAAUUGAAUAAUGGGAAAAUAUUACAAAGAUCAAGAUACAGACGUGUCUUAGAUAAAACGAUGCGGCAAAAUAGAUGCACAAUUUGUGCCAAAAAUUUCGUUGCACCUCAUGUAUUAAGAACGCAUCUUAUAAAUAUUCAUAAAAUUAAUUAUGCGGGUGUUCCACAUGAAAAAAACCAAAAUUCCAAAAACAAUACUACGAAGGAGUUAGAUAGUCAAAUUGUGAACCAUGAUAAAACUUCGGGAUGGAGUAAUACAUGUUUUCAUUGUAAAAAAACAUUUGAUUCACAGAAGAGUUUAAUUGAACACUUGUACGACAUUCUACAGAUGAAAAGGAAAAAUACAGAAAUUGUUCCAGUAUUGAAGUCAAUUAUGUUUAAAUGCAAUAAAUGUGACAUCAAUUUUACUACAUCACAAUUUGCAGCAAACCAUGCUGAGCAUAUGGAAAUGUUAAUUAAUUGGAAGUGUACUAUCUGUAAUCGUAUAUUCAAAAAAGAAGAUGCUUUAAGUCACGAAAGACAGCAUUCGGUUUCCAACAACUUCUUAGUAUACAAUUUGGAAGAUCUAGAUGUCACUAGGAUUUUAUACAAGUGUUCUAAAUGCGCAGUACACUUUACUGAAAGCAACUUUCUUUAUCAUUUCCGAGACUGUGGUCUAGAAGUUUCUAAAUCCGUACACUGCAAAAUUUGUAACAUGGCACUGGAUUACAACAUAAUAGCCUCUCAUGAACCUGAAAAUCAUACGGAACCUAACUAUUAUACAAUUAUCGAAAGUGAUGUAAUUUCGGAUAACCCGGUUAAGUUGACGGCAAACAAAUAUCAAGCAAAAGAUAUGUUACAAGAAUUAAGUGAGUCGUUUCGUGAGGUAAAAGUUGUUUUACAAAGAAUCGAUUCGAAUAAAGUCAACAAAUCUUAUUCUGUAAAAUGGUCCUCCGAUGAGUCUCUUAGCGAUUUGGAAUCCAGUUCUUAUGAACAAACUAGUGAUUCGCCACAAAAACUGCAGAAAGAUAACAAUGCCUCCGGAUUUUGUUCAACUACAGAAACUACAGUACGAAACCAAAAAAAGAUUGAUUUGCGCCGAAAGCAUAAUCUAACAUAUUACUACUGCGAGACUUGUAAAUGCUUCGUAAGCAGAUUAAAGAAAAAAGUCCACUUAGAAGCACGCUGUAAAAAAAAAUCCAAAGGGACUUGUAAACGAUGUGGUCUUACGUUCACUACUGCGUCUUUGAUGACACACAUAAGUCUACACAAGGAAAGGAAAGACUUGACAUUGAAGAGUUUUAAGUUCUUUAGCCUGUACAGCGGGCAACCCAUUAAUCCUGCCGUGCCUGAAUUUGUAAAUACAAAACAACCUGUAAAAACGCAACUGGGAAGGCGUAAUCUGACAUAUUACUAUUGUGAGACUUGUAAAUGCUUUUUAACUAAGUUUAAUAAAGCCUUAUUCCAUAAACGUAAGUUUUGUACAAAAAUAGCCAAGGCGACUUGCAAGCAUUGUGGCCUUACGUUUACAAGUGCAUCUAUAAUGACACACAGACGUCUACACGAGGAAAGGAAAGACUUGACAGUAAAGAAUUUUAAAUUUUUUAACCUAUACAAUGGCCAACCCAUGGAUCCUCCUGUACUGGCACCUGAAAUUAUAAGUUUACAACAACCUGUGAAUAAUGUUGCUGAAAUCGGACAUGUAAAACGACCUGCGAAUAAUGGAGACAGGAGUACGAAGAAAGAUGUAAAAUAUUACUUCUGUGAAACUUGUAAAUGCUCCGUAACCAACUUUAAGAAAAAUAUCCACUUAGAAGCACGCUGUAAAAAAAUUCCCAAAGAAACUUGCAAACUCUGUGGUCUUACGUUCACUACUGCGUCUUUGAUGACACAUAAACGACUACAUGAAGAAAAAAAGGACUUAUCUUUAAAUAAUUUUAAAUUCUUUAACCUCUACAAUGGCCUAGCCAUGAAUCUUCCUGUACCUGGAAAUGCGAUUAUAAAGGGAAGUGUGAAUAAUGCAGCUGAAGUAAAAAAACAUAAACGAUCUGCGAAAAAUAUCAAAAACUGGCAAACAAGGCGUAAUCUUACAUAUUAUUAUUGUGAGACUUGUAAAUGCUCCGUAACCAAAUUUAGAAAAGAUGUCCACUUAGAGGCACGAUGUAGUAAAUUGGCUAAAAAGACUUGUACACUCUGUGGUCUAAUGUUUACUAAACAAUCUAUGAUUACACAUACGCGUCUUCACAAGGAAAAAAGGGACUUUUCAUUUAAGAAUUUUAAUUUUUUUAACCUGUACAAUGGCCAACCAAUGGAUAUUCCUGCACUCGAGGUUGCAAAAACACCUAUACAUAUUGAAGCUGAAGUUGGAAAUGUAAAGCGACCUAUUAACGUUGAAGCUAAAGAUGAAUGCAUAUUACGACCUGUGAACAACAAUGAUGAAUUUGAUAAUGUAAACCUACCUGUAAACAUUGAAGGAGAAUAUAUGUGUUCUAAACCACCUAUAAACAAUGAAGCUGGUGUUGAAAAUAUAAAACGUUUUUUAAACAAUGAAGCUAAAAGUGGAAAUGUACAACCACCUAUACAUAUUGUACCUGAUGUAGAGAGUAUAAUAUCGCCUGUAAACAACGAUGCUACGGUUUUAAAUACAAAAUGCCUCUCAAACAUUCAAGCUGCAGUUGAAAAUAUAAUAGGAUUAGUAUACAAUAAAGCUGAAGUUGAAAGUGUAAAACAAACUAUAAACAUUGAAUCUGAGGUUUUAAACACAAAAUACCCCUCAAACAUUCAAACUGAAAUUGAAAAUAUAAAACGACUUGUGAAUAAUGAGGCUGAAGUUAAAAAUUUAAAGCUAUCUGUAAACAUAGGAACUGCAGUUGAUAAUGUAAUAAGACCCAUAAACAAUAAUACCGAUGUUAUAAAUUUUGAAAACUCUAUAAACAGUGAAGCCGAAGAUACAAACAUUAACCUCCCUGUAAACAGUAAACCCCUUUCGAACAAUAAAGCUCUAGAUGAAAGUAUAAAUCGGCAUGUUGACAAUGAAGAUGAAAAUAUUGCACGACCUGUUGGCGCAAAAUUUGCAGAAAUAAAAAUACCUGUAACAUACGACGACGAUAACGAUAUGAGUACAAAGUUUAGUCAGAAAUACUACUAUUGUGAAAGUUGCAAAUGCUUCGUAACCGACUUUAGAAAAAAUACCCACUUACGGGCUCGUUGCAAGAAAUUAGCGAAAAAGACUUGCAUACACUGUGGUCUAACGUUUACCAACGGUUCUAUGCUGACACAUAGACGUCUUCACGAGGAAAAUGAAGACUUAACAUUAAACAAUUUUAAAUUCUUCAACUUAUACAAUGGUCAACCAAUGAAUCCUCCUAUAAAAGAAAUUGUGGGCAUUGAACAAACUGAAGACCACGAAGUUGUGAAUAUAACACAUCCUUCACACAAUAAAACUGAAGCUCUACACUUAAAACUACCUGGAGACGCUAAAGAUUGGCGUACAAAAAUUAAUAUGACAUUAUACUAUUGUGAAACAUGUGAAUGCUUCGUAACUAAAUAUAGAAAAGAUUUCCAUUCACAGGCACGUUGCAAGAACUUCGCCAAAGUGCCUUGCGAACAUUGUGGUCUAACGAUUACUAGCAAUUCUAUAAUGACACAUACACGCCUACAUGAAGAAAUGAAAGAAUACACACUAAAUAAUUUUAAAUUUUUUAACCUUUACAAUGGUCAACCUAUGAAUUCUCAUACACUGGAAAUUCUAAAUAAGAAACGAAAUGUAAAUGUUAAAGCGGAAGGGGCCAGUAUAAAACCUGCAGGUAAAGAAGCUGAAAUCAUAAAUAUAAAACGACCUUUAAACAUUAAAACCAAACGUCCAAGACGUAAUCUGCGCUAUCACUUUUGUGAAACUUGUAAAUGCUUCGUGACCAAGUUUACAAAAGAUGCACAUUUACAGACCCGAUGCAAGAGUUUUUCCAAAAUAACUUGCAAACUCUGUGGUCUAAGGUUCACCAAAGCAUCUAUGAUGACACAUAAACGUUUACAUAAGGAAAACAAAGACUUAUCGGUCAAAAAUUUUCAAUUAUUUUAUCUAAAUAAUGGUCAACCAAUGAAGGCUCCUGUAUCUGAGGCGGUAAAUAGAAAUCGACUUGUGGACGAACGCAAUCUGUCAAAUUACUAUUGUGAAAGUUGUAAAUGCUUCGAAACCGAGAUGACGAAAGGUGGUCACAUACAAGAAAAUUGCAUAAAUAUGGCAAAAUUCCCUUGCAAAUACUGUGGUCUAAUAUUUAGUAGCGCUUCUUUUGUACUACAUAAAAGUCUACAUGAGGAAAGAAAAAACUUGACAUUAAAGAAUUUUACAUUUUUUGACCUGCAAAAUGGAAAACCAAUGAAUCCACCUUUACCUGAAUAUCCAAAAUGUAUCUCUUGUGCUGUACAUUUUCUAACUAUAACAGCUAAGAAUAGCCACAUAUGCAGCGAAGUAUCGUCUUUAACUUGCCAUAUUUGCGAAAUCAAAUUAUCCGAAGCCGCUUUUAAAUUGCAUAUGACGUUUCACCAAUUUAUAACUGAUAACACUAAGAUGAUAGAAUCAAAUAAUGUGCAAUCUGCUAGCAGUGCUAUUACUAUCAAUUUAGACCAAAUAGAUAUUGACCAUCACGAAACUGUUGAAAACGUAACUGAUACAUCCAAUCACGAAAGGCUCGAAACAGAAUUCCAUAACCGCGUCGGGGUCGCCGAAGCGUCAUUACCAAAUUCUCCAGAUAGUAUAGUAUAUACUUGUCGAAAUUGUUCUGUUUCUGUUGAUACAUAUGAUAAAGCAGUAGAGCACAGUCAAAGACAUUAUGAGCCUCAAGAACAUGUGACACGAACAAUAGUUUGUGAGUUUUGUAACUUAUCCAUUGAUGAAGCAUGUUACACAGAACAUCAAAAUGUACAUGAAAAUGGAAGCCAGUUUAAAUUGUUAGAUUUUGACAGUUAUUAUUUGCCUGCAGAUAAUAACUUGUGGAUAAAACAUAUCUUUGAAACCUUGCCAAAUGAAAAAAUCGUAGAUAUUUUGAGAAAUUCUAUCUACAGGUUCGAGUGUAGGAUUAAGAUGGAUGUCAUACAACAAGGAGAUCCUAAUUUAACUGUUUAUAAAUGUGAUCAAUGUGGCUGUUUCAUUGAACCAAGUUCUUUGUUUAAGCAUUCAGAUAAUGCUUGUUUUAAGCUGAGAAAUCAUCCCUGUACUGUAUGUGGUAUACCUUUUAACUCGUCUGCAUCGCGAAUUGACCACGAAAAAAUUCACAAUGGCCCUAACCUUACAAUGGAGUCGUACAGGAUAGUUGUUUUCAAUCGGGAACGGGACUUGCAGAUAAAUCGUUCUUUUUGCUUGCGUAAAAAAUACGUUUUAUAUAAAUGCAGAAACUGUGAUGUCAUCAUAGAUAAACUGCGAGAAGAUGUUCAUAAAUGUGACUUCACUAAUGUGAAGAAGUGUCCAGAUUGCGCAUUGCUGCUGAAUAUGAUGGACUAUGAAAGUCAUAUGAAUACGCAUAAAGAAUUUAUCAGUUUUAAUUAUAGCAACAUGAAAGUGAUUCUCCUCGGCGAAGCGAAUUCUUUGGAAGUGACGAGUGAAAUUAUCUCGAAAUUUAAAUUCAAAGGAGCAAUAUAUGAUUAUAAAAUGUUUGUAUGUAAUAAAUGUGAGAUUUGUAUUAGGAAUGAGGAGUUUAUGCUUAAACACAUCUGUCGUUUUGGAAAGCAACGGUCAAAGUGUUUAAAAUGUGGCUUAUAUUUUUCUGUUGGAAGAUUGAAGACGCAUACAAGGUGUCAUGAACAAGAUCCCGAUUUUCUUCGGUCAAAUAUGUACAUAAUCUCAUUCGAUCCGUGCACUUUUGAUAAGAAUAAAAACGACACUAAAUUGUAUAGCAAAGAUAAAGACUCUGAUCUCUCAGAUAGCAAUAUCGAUUCGGAUUCAGAAAUCUGACGUGCUAAUUAUACAAGUACGGGCGAUGAUGCAAAUACAGUGGGAUUGACGACAGAACAUAUCGAAGAAGAAACUGCAAAGCUUUACAAGUGUACUUGUGAGUUGCAUUUUUUAAAUAAAGAUAGUAUAUCUAGGCAUUUUGGUGCGUGCAGAUCAAAUCCCAAAAUACCUAAAUUAAAAUGCCAGGAAUGUGACUUACUAUUUACUCCAAAUGUCUUGUUUACUCAUCUCUUAGCUCAUCACAAUAAUAAUGGACGCCGUUAUAAGUAUGAUAUAAUAGAAAUUGAUUACAAUCAAGGGAAUAUGAUUCAGUAAACCAUUAUUUCAAUCUACUUUGAGAAUGGGCAGAAUUUAAGUCUGAUCACCUUCGAUUCUAAUACAGACGUUAAAAGGGCAAAUCCAUAUCUGUAAGUAAUGUUUAUAAAGUGUCAUAAAUAUACAUAGAAUUAAGGAUCUCUUGCUAACGUUUAUAACAUAUAAGGUCUGAAUAAAUAUGUGUAUUUUGUGCUUUCCUAUCUUAAUUAGGUACUUUAGGUAUAACUAAUGUUUUAAAUGUAUUCUUUUGCUAAGUUAUCUUUGAUAAACGUUCAUUAUUUGUUUAAUGUUUAUGUUCUAAUAAUAUGAAAUGUUGAUUAGUGCCCAUACUAUCGAUGGUAAUAA